UCAUUAUCCAAGUAUACCAAUUCUCAUUGCUGAGUUACACACGUACGAAGAGGAAGUGCAGAGGUACUUGGAUCCGGGAAAUAUUUCCGUAGAAAUAAAAACUGGACUCCAAAGUGUUUCAUCGUUUCGAAGAAGUAAAGUCGCGUUCAACAGUUUUAAGAUUGCCGCCCUCUCUUGAAUCACGCUCUCAGCUGUUCAACUCUCAGUUGUGAGUCUUUUACUAUAGAGGAAGGGACGGUGCGGUUCGGACAAUCAGACCAUGUUUGGGUUAGGUUUGGGCUAUACCAUUUAAUUUGACCAUGGCAACAUAAACACAGUAAAUUGGCAACAAAGACGAAGCCUGUAUCUUCUUCCUAAGUUUUUGAUAAUCAGCAAGUAGAAAAAAUAUUCCAACAUGAACAACCUGGGUCAUACGCCGCUCACUGUACCAAAUUACUCGUAUGUCUUCGACUUCGAAAAAAACUUCGAUUUCUGGGAUACUCAAAUGUGGUUUAAGGACCAGUUUCCGAACUGUUUUUAUUACUGUGGUAUCUAUGUCGCUCUAAUUUUUGCUGGGAAACAUUACAUGUCAAAUAGGCCAAAAUACGAAUUGAGAGGCAUGCUUAUUUUGUGGAGUGCAUUGCUUGCAAUAUACUCCAUUUUUGGGUUUCUUAGAAUCAUGCCGGGUAUGUUUCAUGUAUUAAGGCAUCAUGGAUUUUACCACAGCAUCUGUAUACCUAGCCAUCUUACUCAAGAUCCAGUUUUCGGUUUUUGGUCGUGGACCUUUGCCCUAUCGAAGCUGGUAGAAUUUGGCGACACAGCCUUCAUUGUAUUACGAAAGCAACCAUUGAUUUUUCUACAUUGGUACCAUCACGUAACAGUCCUUCUUUAUACAUGGUUCUCUUAUGCAGAGGCCACAGGAAAUGGCAAGUGGUUUGGCUUGGUAAACUCUUUCGUUCAUGCCUGGAUGUACUCCUAUUAUGCUCUGAAAGCAAUGCGAUUCAAUAUACCAAAAUGGGUCGCCAUGUUUGUUACUACGCUACAGCUAUCACAAAUGGUUGUGGGUUGCAUUUUAACUGCAUCAGCUUACUACUAUGUACACAGUGCCCAAGUUGAAUGUCACGUUACACCUUUGAACAUCAAACUUGCUAUGUUGAUGUACCUCAGCUAUUUCAUUUUAUUUGCCAGAUUCUUCCAGCAGGCUUAUUUAUCUAACAAACACAUAAACAAAAUUGGAAAGAAGGAUUAGCCUAAUAGAUCUGCAAGUUAUAAUAAGCUGAAGUUUAUGUAGAGCAGGUGAACAAUUUUUUAAAUCUUUUUUACGGAUGAUUUUCAGUGACAUGUCUUAAGAAAAACUUUAUCAAAAUCUCAUGUGAUGGAUAUGGACGUCAAGAAAUAAUUUGAUGAAUAUAGUUUUCUCAAGCUUUUGUGAAGACAAAGUUGUAAAAAUUGAUUGUGAAAGAAUGAAAAUGGAAAAAUAGAAUUAAAGUAAAUCUCGCACACUAAAUCAGGAAUAAAUUUUUAAUAUCUUAACGAUAUUAUCGUUAACUAUAGUACGAAUGAAUUAAUAAAACUCGCCCUGGAAACACA